CUGUCUCAAAGAAGAGUCUGGCCGUGUGGAAUCUGCCUUUAGAGCAGCACAAGAAUGGAUCGAUAAAGCUUUUCAGAAACCUGAGCAUCUGCUUUUCUCCUCCCAGUGGAUUUUGAGCUCGAGUAACACGUAAGCACUAAAUGCAGACUGACACAUUACUGCUAAGGUGAACAUGGGGACAGAUUUAGCCUACAACUUUGUCUUCAAAGUGGUUUUAAUUGGGGAAUCAGGAGUUGGAAAGAGCAACCUACUGUCAAGAUUUACUAAAAACGAAUUCAAUCAUGACAGCCGUACCACCAUUGGAGUGGAAUUCAGCACUCGCUCCAUUCAAGUGGAUAGUAUUACCAUCAAGGCCCAGAUCUGGGACACUGCAGGUUUAGAGCGCUACAGGGCGAUUACCUCAGCGUAUUACAGGGGAGCCGUGGGUGCGCUGCUGGUUUAUGACAUCACCAAACACCUGACGUAUGAAAACGUCGAGCGAUGGCUGAAGGAACUGUACGACCAUGCUGAUCCUCAUAUAGUAGUCAUGCUUGUGGGAAAUAAAAGUGACCUGGGAAGUCAACGCACUGUGCCAACCGAGGAGGCGAAGGACUUUGCAGAGGCCAAAGGCUUACUUUUUAUGGAAACAUCUGCAUUAGAGUCAACGAAUGUUGAAUCUGCUUUCCUUGAAGUUCUAACAGAAAUACACAAGAAAGUUGCUAGUAAAGAGGUCACCAGAGGCUCUAUCAGCGCUGUGACUCUGGGUCAGACUCUGGGCCCCUCCGGUGAGUUUAAUGAGGAGAGACGGUCCUGCUGUAAAAGCUCCUGAACAGAUGAAUGAACAUCCAGACAAAGGCAUCAAGAGCAAAACAAAGACAUUUACCUGUGACAUGGAUCACGUCAUACCUGCAUGGAGGCAUUUCUUCAGGCUUGACCCUCAGUGGAUGUCUUAUCAGUGAGCAAAAGAAGAAGGGGACCAGCGUUUUUUUUAGCGUUGUUGUUUUGUUGCUUGUUUUUUACAUUUAAAAGAUGUUAACAAUUGGAACUGAUCAUGUAAGAUAAGAUGUGUUCUUGGUAAUUAUAACUAGACCUGAAUGUAAAUUACUUUGGAUGAAACACAAACGGAUUGUGCUGUAUUAUAAAGCUAUUUAUAUGGUGUGAAAUGAAAAACAAUUCUAUUUCAGUACAGACUACAGGUCUAUAAAGAUAAAAAUAUGAACCCAUCAAUCUUUAAAACAAAGUAAAUAAUAUCUUGACUGAUCUAUGAUACAUUGAAAAUAUACUGUACAGUGCAGAAUGUCUUUUUACACUUAUACAUUUCUCAUGGAAGGAGUCUAUAAUUCAUUAUAUUAACUGAAACUGCAAUAUUUUAGUCCUUAUUCAAGCACAAAAAAAGUGCUGUUUUAAUAAAUAUAAGACAUUUUA